UGGAAAUGGUAAUGCCAUAAAGAGUGCAUUAUCAGCCUAUCAGAAAGAUAUUCCUGCCGAAAGCUGGCGAGAACGAUUUCCUGGUGCAGAUAAGGCUGCUGCAGUGCAGGGCCAGUCGCCAGAACUGCGGCCAUGGCUUUCCGCGCUCCAACUGCCGCCACUCCCCAUGGCCACGCCACUCCAUCUCCUCUCCCGAGCUCACGGAAGCACGCGGCCUUCUCCAAGCUCAGCGGCGUUGCCAAUGGCAGCCGGAGGGCGCGGCUCGCGGGCGCAGCACCUCCUCCAGUGCACGCACUGGCGCCGACCACGGCAGCGGCGUCGCCCUUCCCUCCUCCCAACGCAGAGUACCUGGCCGCCGAGUUCGGCGGCCACGGCGUGACCUUUGAGGCCGUGGGCGACAGCUGCGCGGUGAAGAUGGCGGUGCGCAACGGCAGCGCGGCGCACCUGCUGCUCCCCAGCGGGCUCGUCACCUCCUACAAGCCGGCCAUGUGGCACGGCGCCUCCACGGAGGUGCUCCACACCACCGUCGGCGAGGGCCCCGGCGGCCGCGCCGUCAUCCGCGGCGGCGUCUCCAUGGACUUCCGCUGCACGCGCGUCGACGCCGUCGCCGGAGCCGAGAACGACGACGCGCGGCCGGGGUCUUCGUCGUGGUGGUCGCCGGGCGGGGCGUGGUCGCUGCGGGACGUGAGGGGAGGCCCCACGGGGUCCAUCGAGGUGGAGCUGGUGUCCGCCGAGCCCGGGAGCCGCGGCGGGGCGGAGGCGAGGUGCGUCGUGACGCUGCGGCCGGAGGCGCUGGCGUCGGAGUUCACGGUGACGAACCCGAGCGCGUCCCCGAACCCGAUGGCGGUGACGGGCGCCGUGGCGAACCACCUGCGCGUGAGCACGCCGGACGCCACCUACGCCGUGGGGCUCCAGGGGUCGGACUACCGCAGCAGGGAGCCCCUGCUGUCCGAGUUCAGCAUCCUUCCCCCGGACUACUACAGCACGCGGCCUGGGGCCACGGCCCGGAAGAUGAACUGGCUCGACAACCUCAUCUCCGGCGGCGGCGGCGUGGCCCGCCGCGCGUCGCCGGCGCAGGAUCCGGACGGCGAGGAGGAGGACGACUACAAGCACCUCACGGAUGAGCUGUGCCGGGUCUACAGCCACGCGCCCAGAGAUUUCACCGUCAUCGACAGGGGCAGGAGGAACUCGAUUUGUUUGAGCAGGAGAGGGUUCGAGGAGCUGUACGUCUUCAGCCCAGGAUCAAACUACGAGUGGUACGGGAAAUUCGCCUACGUGUGCAUCGGGCCUGCAAUGCUGGAACCCGUGGUGCUUGCACCUGGAAGCACAUGGCAUGGUGCUCAACACCUUCGUAACCCAAACUUGUAGAUACAUAUUACAUAGGCUGAUGGAAGAUGAUUACCCAUAUGCACAAGCGUUUGCAGAUAUUGUUAGCCAGGAAGAAAAUACUACUCUACUACUGUACAUGUGAAGGGAAAUACUAAUUUGGUUUGCAAACCGAGCUACUAUAGUUCCUCAAUGUAAUGGCACUGCGCCUCCA